CCGUCAUACGUGACGUUUCUAUCCCUUCGAACACAGGGAGUAAACGAAAUAAAUAAAAUACAAAAAAUUAUUAAAGUUCCUAUUUAUUGCAUUUAGUAGCUGCUAUGCAGCUGAGUGAGUUUGGGAUACCCGGACAGUCCUGCGGCCGCCAUGCCAGGGGUAAAAUAUGAGCAGCUGUCAACCAAAGCCGAAGUGGAAGAAGAUGUAACGACUGCUAAACCUAAGAAGAAAUGGUCUGAAGUCUGGUGCCAGAAGGGCCUGCUGUCCUUAGGGCUAAUUCUUCUGUACUUCUCCCUUUCGAUCGGACUGACUUUCUACCAGAGAUGGCUAUUAAAGGACUUCCGCUACCCGCUAACGGUAGUGAUGUACCACCUGAUAGUGAAAUGGUGUCUCUCGGUGUGUGUCCGCUGCGCGCGCCACUUCGUCACAGGCUCCAGCCAGCUCGUGCUGCCUUUCAUGACGUGCGUGCGCUCCGUGGCGCCCACAGGUCUCGCGAGCGGCAUAGACGUGGGCUUCUCUAACUGGGGACUGGAGCUGGUCACCAUCUCGUUGUACACCAUGACGAAGUCUACCACCAUCAUAUUCAUACUCGGCUUCGCGAUCUUACUCGGUCUGGAGAGGAAGUCAUGGUCCCUAGUCGGCAUAGUGUUCAUGAUCGCCGCCGGUCUGAUCAUGUUCACAUACAAAGCCACCGCCUUCAAUCUACUCGGCUUCAACUUCCUGUUGGUGGCUUCGUUCGCUGGCGGUCUUAGAUGGACCUUCGCUCAGUUACUGAUGCAGAGGGCGAGACUAGGGUUGCAUAACCCAGUGGAUAUGGUUUUCCACGUGCAGCCCUGGAUGUUCCUGUCUUUGAUGCCCUUCGCGUUACUUUUCGAAGGCAUAUCCUGUUUCGAGUACCUCUUCUCGCUGCCGCAAGGGGCGCUAGUGCCGACGCUAAUAAAGGUGUCCGGGGGCGCCACCAUCGCGUUUCUCAUGGAGAUCUCUGAGUUCCUCGUAGUCACUUAUACUUCGAGCCUGACGCUGUCCAUAGCGGGUAUAUUUAAGGAGAUGUGCAUUCUAGUCUUGGCAGUGGAAGUGAGUGGCGAUCGUCUGAGCCCUAUCAACGUAGCCGGCCUUGGCGUGUGUCUACUGGGCAUCAUCGGUCACAUAGUACAUAAGGUCCUCUUCAUAAAAUCCGUAACCGGCGCCGUGCCCCUCGACGACGACUUCGAACCCCCCACGCGCUCUCGAACCCCCAAGGGUGGCGGGGAACCCCUCCUCGAGGCUAAGUGGACGCACCCGAGCGACGACAGCGACGUCGACGCUAACCUCGUGCUGUUCGAGGUACUACAGAGGAGAGACGGUAGAUAGGAGGAACUCUAGUUUGGCAAGCCAUUUGUGUCACUAGAAAAGUCCGAUAUAAUUUGAAUAUUACGCCUUCUACUGACAAAGCUAGGUAUGUAAAUGUGUUAUAUGUGCUGAUCGAAGUGCUGCAGAGAAGGAACUAUAGUCUGGCGAGCCAUUUGUGUCACUAAAAAAUUAUGUAUAUUGAAUGCGUCUUCUAGUGACACACUGUGACUGUGUUAUAUAGAUUACUAGCUUUUGCCCGCGGCUUCGCUCGCGUUAGAAAGAGGCAAAAAGUAGCCUAUGUCACUCUCCAUCCCUUCAACUAUCUUCACUUAAAAUAUCACGUCAAUUCGUCGCUCCGUUUAGCCGUGAAAGAUGGACAAACAAACAGACACACACACUUUUCCCGUUUAUAAUAUUAGUAUGGAUUUGCUGCAGAGGAGAGACGGGAGAUUGGAGCGAAAUUAUAGUCUGGCAAGUCAUUUCCAUCACUUGAAAAUAUCGACAAAUUAAAAAAAAAAACCGGCCAAGAGCGUGUCGGGCCACGCUCAGUGUAGGGUUCCGUAGUUUCCGUAUUUUUCUCAAAAACUACUGAACCUAUCAAGUUCAAAACAAU